UAUGCAUCAUAAAUUAGUUGUAUUAUAAGAAAUAAGACCUAAUAAAGUUUAUUUGGUAAAGUAUCAGAAUCAGGAUAAAGGAUAAUUCUAUCUAAAAAAGUAUUUAGCAUAUUAAUAUCAAAAUAUAGUAGAAGUAAAAAUAAAAAUAUAUUUAGGUCGUAAAAAUACUUAAGGGAUAAUAAUUAAGAAACAUUGUGAAAAUUAUUGAUGUUAGUAUUGAAAACAAUGAAUUAUUAUGUGUUGUAGAAGAGGCUUGUAAAUAUAAUCUGAGAGAAAUAAUAAAGUUGCAUGAGACAACUUUUGAUACAUAAGAAAUAUUAAAAUGCUUGUUAGAUAUUAUUGGAGGAUUAUUAGAAUUGAAAAACCUUAAUAUUUUUCAUAGAGAUAUUAAACCAGAUAACAUUGUAUACGAUGGAGAGAAUUAUAAAAUUAUUGACUUUGAAACAGCAAAAAAGUUUCAGGAUGAUAGAACAAAAGUCUAAUCUUUAGAUAUCGGGUUAAUUUAUAUUUUAAUCUUAGAACUCUUAAUUAUAGAGCACCAGAAAUAACUCAAAAUAGAGCCUAUUCCUCUUAAUGCGAUGUUUGGAGUUUAGGAUGCUUAUUUUAUUAUAUGCUUUUUAAAUAGGAAAGAAAUCACAUGGAUUAACUUGUUAUUCCCUAAAAUCAUAAUUAUGAUGAUUAAAUUAUUAAAAUACUUGAAAGAAUGUUAGAAAAAAAUGAAAAAAAAAGAAUAACGUUAGCUAAUCUUCAAAAUGAUGUAUAGUAACUCUAUAAUAUUAAUAACAAUCAAACCUAAUCUACAAGAUUGGAAUAAAAUACAAUAAAUUUGGUUUCUGAUAUAAAUAAAAACAUAAAUGAAAUACAUAAUGAUAUAAAUACAUUUAAUAACAUUAUGACUAACUUAAUUAUUAAAGAAAAGAAUGAAUAAAAAAUAAUAAAAUUAUACUAAUUUUGGACUAAAAGACUUGGAACAAUAUUCCCAUUAAAAAUAAAAGAAAGAUAAACGAUUGAAAACUUAUUAUUAUUUUAAAUAUAGGAAUUUAAGUAAAAAAGAAUAAAAAUUGAUUUAUUUGCUUCUAUUGAUUAAAUUAAAGAUGAAUUGAAUUGCAUAUAAGAUUUAAAUGACUAUUAUGAUUUUUGA